UCCGGCUGUGCAGCCACUGAAUGGAUCCGUCCACCUGUCCCUUGCCACUAGGCCGGGCAUCGGGGAGCCCUGCACAGCUGACUGGUGGUGAGGGCUCGGAACAACUUCCCCCGUGUGCCUGGCUCUGAUCUAGGCUGAACCCGCUCAGCCAUGUCAUCCUACAACUGUGGGUCUCAGUGGGGAAACUGAGGCUGCGCAGGACAGUCUAGCGAUGGAGGCCCAGUGCCCCUGGACCCCAACUGGCCGCAAGCCUGUGCCAGCGUGACUCCAGCGUGGCCAGGCCAGACAUGCGCCUGAUGCAACUCUCCACAGGGCCUGCAUGCUUGCGCAAGGCGGUUAACCAUUGACCGGGUUCACAGCGGGCAGGGCCAUAAAAGGCGCCACGGUGGUUCCUCAGCCACAGUUGGGAGGCCAGCCAUGCCCGCGCUGUCGCUGUGCUUGCUGUGUACCCUGGUCACCGUGGUCCCGGCAGCUCCCGUGGGUGGUGCCCAGCCCGCCCAGCAUGAGGAGCUGACGCUGCUCUUCCACGGGGCCUUACAGCUGGGCCAGGCUCUGAACGGCGUGUACAAGGGCACCGAGGACAGGCUGAUGGAGGCCGGGCGCAGCAUGGGCCUCUUUGACCAGGCCCUACAGCUCCUAGGAAUGAAGGUCCAUGAGGGCCGGGAUGCUGCUCAGAAGCUUCGCACAAACUUAUUGGAGAUGCAGACAGAAGAGGACGCCCUGCAGCUCCGUGCAGAAGCCACGGCCCAGCUGCUCGGGGAGGUGGCCCAGGCCCAGCAGGUGCUGAGAGACAAUGUGAAGCAGCUAGAAGGCCAGCUGAGGGGGGCCUGGCUGGGCCAGUCCAGCCAACAACUUGAGACCAUAAAGGCUCACACAGAGAAGCAGAGCCACCAGGUGUGGGCCCUCACCGGUCACCUGCAGCGACAGCGGCGCGAGAUGGCAAAGCUGCAGCAAUGGCUGCGACAGAUCCAGGAGAGGCUCCACACCGCGGCGCUGCCGGCCUGAGCCCCUUGCCUGGGUAGAACCGAGGUCCAGUCAUGUCUCCAGGACGCCUCUGGGCGCCUGCGCAGGAGGAGCUGUCCGCCCACUGGGGUCGGCCAGGGCGCCCCGCUUCCGGCCAGGGAGCAGAGCCCUGAGCAGGCAGUGGAGAGCGGAGGAGAGCAGGAUAGAGAGAGAGGACAUGAGCCCCUUUGUGCCUACACACCCCGCAUUAAAGCCAAGCACUGGCAUCUCCCCAUGGGUAUCUGUGUAUCUGUAAGAAUGGGGGUUCGUCCAGAGCCGAUCCCCUGCAAGCACCCCUUGAACAGAGAG